GUGACAGGGGCCCCCCUGGGCUUCCCGGCAUGGACGGCGCGCGCGGCGAGCGGGGCCUUCCCGGCGCCGACGGAGGCGUUGGCCCCAAGGGCGAGCCGGGGCUCGGCGGCGCCCCCGGCCUCGUGGGCAAGCCCGGUGUCGUCGGCCUCCCGGGUCCCGAAGGCCCGAGAGGCCCCCCAGGGGCAGAGGGCAUCAAGGGCACCACAGGAAAGCGCGGCGAGCCCGGCAUGCCCGGAGAGCCUGCGCCCCCCGGCCAGCCUGGACCCCAAGGACCCCCCGGAGUGGCAGGACCGAGAGGAGAAGAGGGCCCCGAGGGACCCCCAGGCCCACCAGGACCCCAGGGACCCACUGGCAAUCCAGGCCAGAUGGGCAUCAUCGGAGCCAAGGGACACCCCGGCCUCCCCGGCCUCAAGGGCGAGCCCGGCAAGUCUGGCAAGCGCGGCGAGCCCGGGCCCAUGGGCGGCGUUGGGCCUAGGGGCCCUGCCGGCCCCCAGGGGCCACCAGGGCGCCCUGGCAAGGACGGCGCCAAGGGAUCGUCGGGCAUCCAGGGCAUCGUGGGGCCGCGCGGCCUGCCAGGACCUAUCGGCCCGCCCGGUCUGCUAGGUCCCGCCGGCCCGCCCGGUCUGCCCGGCUUCCAGGGCAAGGUGGGCGCUCCCGGACCCCCAGGACCCCCAGGGCCCCCCGGCGAAUCCGCCCCCGUGGCCAUCCAGGUCGACGGCGAGCGCACCUACAGCCUUCCUGGCCCCAUGGGCCCCACGGGAUCCCCAGGCAUGCCUGGCGUGCGCGGCGCCGACGGCGAACGAGGUCCGCAGGGCAAGAACGGAAACCCGGGUCUGCCUGGACCUGCAGGACCCUCAGGGCUUCCAGGUCCGCCAGGCCAGCGAGGAUCUCCCGGAAACCCCGGCAUGCCAGGAAGUCCCGGCCGCGAAUACAGUGAGGCUGAGUUGCGUUCGAUCUGCUCUUCCGUGCUGAGAGGUAUGGCGGCGGUUGCCUUUUCUUUUUUUUCUUUUCUUUUCUCAUAUAUUUUCAGUAAUUAUUUUCAUCCUGUUCUGUGCCCGUGA